AUGGCACAUUCUCUGAGCUUAAUCUCCACAAACCUGAACACUUCACUCCUUAAUCAUCACCAAUGGCAGAGCUUUGCCCCAUCUAAAUCCAACAUUAGGAGAUUCACAAGAAACAUCAGAGCCGUGCAAGAAACCCAAGGACCAAGAAGACUAAUCGACAUCAUAAGAACAGUUCCUGAAAUCUCCAGAGACUACUUCAAAAAGCCAUCAAGAAGAACCCUUUUCGGAGGAAUCUCGCUGCUAGGCGGCUUCUACGUGGCUCAGACCAUCUCUCUCUCGUUCGGAGCUUUGGGAGUGAACGACGUCAUCGCCGCCGUUCUAUGCGUUCUCUUGACAGAGUAUGUCACGAGAUUCUACUACAGCCGCACCACGGUUACGUUCCCUAUCGCUCUACUAAAUAACUUCAAGAUGGGUUUCACUUAUGGCCUCUUCAUUGAUGCCUUCAAGCUCGCUAGCUAA